AUGGGUAUCGAGAACCGGUACAUCCACGCCCUCUACCUGGGAGCCCAGAGCCGCUGGCACAGGAGUGGGCCGCUCCACCACUUCCACUGGCGGCUGAUGUUCGAGAGCGCCGACAUCACCAUGCUGCGCCUCCUGGAAGCCUUCCUGAAGUCCGCCCCGCAGCUCGUCCUGCAGCUCAGCAUCAUGAUCCACGGGAACAUCGUGCACCCUCUGCAAGGUCUCUCGGCUUCGGCCUCCCUGGUCUCUCUGGCCUGGAUGAUCGCCUCGUACCAGAAGGUUCUCCGAGACUCCCGCGACGACAAGCUGUCGAUGUCUUACAAGGCCGUGAUCACCCAGAUGCUGUGGCACUUCUUCACCAUCGGGGCGAGGACUGUGGCCUUUGCCCUCUUCGCCUCCGUCUUCCAGCUCUACUUUGGCAUAUUCAUCGUCAGCCACUGGUGUGUCAUGACCUUCUGGAUCAUCCAAGGUGAGACCGACUUCUGCAUGUCCAAGUGGGAGGAGAUCAUCUACAACAUGGUGGUGGGCAUCAUCUACAUCUUCUGCUGGUUUAAUGUCAAAGAGGGCCAGAGUCGCUUUCGUAUGACCGUCUACUACUCUGUGACGCUGGCAGAAAACGUGGCGCUGACCGCCGCCUGGUACACGUACCGCGGCCAGCAAACCUCCGACUCCUCCGCCCUGGUGGUGGUGUGCCUGGUGGCCUGCAGCUUCGCCCUGGGAACCUUCUUCAUGUUGGUGUACUACUGCUGGCUGCACCCUGAUGGGCCAGUGCUGGGCACGCAGUGGGGAGGGUGUGUGGAUGAGGGUGUGGUGGGUGCGGGGAGCGUAGUGGGAGUCAUUGAUUCUUGCAUCACCCCAUCCCAAGGGUCGCAAACCGACAUGGUUAUUACCAGCCCUCCGAGGACCCUCCCCAGGACUAAAGACACGGGGGAGCCGGUUCCAGGGGAGAGAGACAAGGACAGAGAUAGGGACAGUUGCCUUCCUGUCUUCCAGGUACGUCCUUCCCCUUCAUCCUCUCCUGCACUCCUUCACAGGACCUCCUCAUCAUCCCGCGCCCAAGAAGGCCCUGUGAUCCGGAUUGACCUACCGAGGAAGCGAUACCCAGCCUGGGAUGCACACUUUAUUGAUCGGCGCCUCCGGAAGACCAUUCUGAUAUUGGAGACCACGUCAGCUGUCAGCCCCAGGAUACAGUACAGGUGUAGCAUGAUGGGCAGCAAAGAGGUGUUAGAAUAUGAGACAACUGUCUAAGCCAGCAGGGGCUUUAAACUUAAAAGUGAAUUCUGGGACCAAGGCUCAGCCGAGAGAUCAGUUCUCAUCCCAGGACAACCUAUGCCAGGAGCAGCAUGUUAAAGGAGACACAGAGUGUCGGGCAACUCUUCAUUCAAAAAAGAGGUUGUCAAAACUUGAUUGUAAAAUGUGAGGCGCAAUCUGGGACCAAAGCUCUCCCCCUUAGGGCGCAGUCCAGGAGUACGUAGCAUGAAUGAGUCGUAGGAAGUAAAUGGAGAAACACUGAACUGGGAUAAUCUUUGGUGAGAAAUGUAAUCUCUCAUCCUGGGACCAAGGAAUGUUAGAUUUAGUUUCAUCCUGCAUGGUCAGAACAAGGAGUAAAAGGACUUGAGAGCGAUGAAGUUGUGGAGUUUGAUAUAUCUGAGAAACAGUUUGCUGCAUGAACAUGAGCCGUGGGCCACAGAGAGCCUGCAGAGACUUACCAGGGAACUCUGAGAGGCUUUGCACGGGACAUGCAAUCAUUUGGUUUGAUGACAACUCAGACAAUGACCUACAUUUGGGGCUCACUACCCAAUAUAAUAUAUACCCAAAACAUAUUGCUUUAGAUGUCUUGUUUCAACCACAUUUAGCCCAGUUUUAGCCAAGGCGUCUAGAUUUCUUUGUACCUCCAAAUUUAUAAUUCAAUGUCAAUUGAGUCUAUAGAUUUUGUAUCAAUAAUUGUUGUUAUUUAGCAAGGAGAGAGGGAUAACAUUUUACAUUUGUGUACCAUCCUGUUUCAAACGGUUGCAUGUCCCUCGCAAACUUCGGUAACAAACCUACAAGCAUUCUGUUGGUGGUGUCUAAAGAGAAAUGUACUCUUUUACAUUUAACUUUAGUCUCAUGACACCAAGAGAACCCAUUAAAUAUACUGUAGGCUCACAAGUCCAUAUGGUUUCUGAAAAAGCCUGAGAUUCAAGUGAUAAUGGUCACCCAUCCAUAUGUGAUUGAAAAAAAAAGCCAUCGCAAAAGUCCUACUGUUUGCAUCCCAGCUGCUCUGUCCCCACAACCUGAGAAAGGACUUGUUUGGGAAUAUAAAUCUGGUCUGGAUGUAAAGUGGAUGACUUCUGCAUUGGCUCCCAUCAUAUGGCAUGCUGUAACUCACCACAAACAGGCCUGUGAUGUAUAGUAGAAUAAAUACAGAUGUCAGAUAUAAGCUAUUAUAAUAAGCUGUAGUUAGGUGAUGAAUGACGUUUGGAUGAAGAAGCUUCAUUUACUCGUUAGAGUCUAAAUGUCGUCCAUUUUUCUUGGAAAACAUUUAAUGUAAAGGUAUGAAGGGAAUCAUGAACAACCUCAUUAUGCUAUGAAAACAUUUUCCAGUGUUUUGUUUUUGGACAGAACAGAAGCUGAUGAAAUUAGCUUAUAACCAUGUCAACAAACCUUGAGGACUCGAAAGGUUUGUUAAAACGUGGAUACAUCCUAACAGCACUAGGAUUCAUCUAGUAAGCAGUUAACACAAGGAAAUUGAUAACAACAGCUCAAAGAACCAGGAUUGCUUUUUAAACGCUAGCAAGUUGGCAAAAGCUGCUAUAUGUUGUUACAGAUAGAAAGUUGACAAUGGUUUGCUCUUCUUGAGAGAUGACAUUGUUUACAAAACGAAAACCAUAUACAGGCCUUUGACUCAACGUCGAUAUUGGCAGAUUCAGGUUUGAGUGACAUAAUCUGUCAACUGACUGAAAAAUUAUAUGAGAAACCAUCUUGGCUCCUUUUAAACUGUGAUUGAAAGGGUUAGGGUUGUGAUACCCUGAAGAGAGGAGCCACAACUUGAACUAAUUCAGUGGAGCUUAUCUGCAACUAACUUCAGAGGUUGAAGUUUAAAAAUGUGAAUGUGUUACUAUUUGAAAGCAGCUACAUAGAGGUGCUGAGAAAGUCAAGCAUGGUCAGCACCAGUAGUGAAGGAACACACAAAACGCUAGCCUCAAUGCUAAUGUGUCCUCUCUCAUAUUACACAUCAGAUUUCUCUUUGGCAGUCUCUCUUUGAAGUUAUUCUAAAAUACAUUAUUUUCUUUAAAAGCCUUUAGCGUUAGUCUGUGCAUUUAAGGUGACUUGUGAUUUGUUAUGGUGUGGGAGUUCUUUAAGUCCAUCCCAGAAACAUUUAAACCAAUGUUGUGAUUGUUUUAGAUAAAGGCAGCAGAAGGUGUUAGCAUUUUUAGCAAUGCACUCAAAAGCAUUUCUCCCAAGAGCAUUACAUUCCCCAUGUGAUCCUGGUUUUAUCUCAAAAAAGCAUGUUCAUCUAAACACGUUUGAAGAUGCAUUGGACAGUGUAUGAUUUCAGUUCAUGAAAUUAUUUGUUUAUUAAACUUAGUUGCUGAAUUACCAAGAUUCUUACAUCACAUACCAUCAAGCAUUUAGAAGAUGCCAAUGUUCAGGGGGUUACCACUUCAGGGUUGACUGACACGAGCACAAAUCCCAAAAUAUUAAAGCACAGUCAUAACAACCUGCUAUCAAGUACAAUGACUACAAAUGGCAUUACAACUUAAAUAUUGACACUUCCCUUACCCUUUUUAAACUUGGUGCAGGCUUACCAUCAACAUUUUAAGUGCAAAAACUAAGAAAAUCAGCUCAACAACAAGCACGUAUAAAUCUGUUCGCCAACUCCGACCUGACGGCGAAUAACAAGAACAUGAUUUGGGCAACGUAGUUUACUUUUUUGGGUCAUAAAGUUCUCAAAACUCAAACAGUGCGGUAUCCAGUGCGGGUGUAAUUAUCCCUUUAAUGCUGAUGAUGCGUAUGUAUAUUUUGAUGUGUCAAAGACUCCCAAGCAAAGCAUUUUCAAACGUAUGUACUUGAGGUUAAUGAGAAGAACAAAUCACUAAGCAGUGUUUCCACUACAUGGUAUGGCUCUACUUAUCCACUCACUUAUUUUUGGUUUGCCAUAAGGAAAGUUGAAGACAAUACUUGGUACCAGCUCAGCCGGGGUUUCAUGCAUACGGCAAUAAAAGUUGACGUUACAUAAUUGAAGACCACUGAUUGGUUUGAAAGAAACAGCACUAGCAUGUUGCAACAAAGUACCGUCAUAGCAAUCCUCUUUUUUUCACUCAAUCGAAAUUCAAUGAGUCUCCCGUGUGUCACUACGGACAACAGCUGAUCUACAAAACUAAAAACAAAACGCCUCGCUCCAAAAGUGAGUCAAGUUGAGUCGAAUUGAGCCAUAGCAUGCAUUGGAAACGGGGUUUGAGAGCAGUUUGUAUACUUGCUUUUUAACAAGCGGCUGUGAUGCAAGCAGGGUUGAGGUCGGACAUGAUAAUUAUUUAUAUACUUACCUACAUGAUUUUAAAUCUACCUCGGGAAUUAAAACGUGUAUGUGCUAGGUGUGAAUCAUCCCCAGCUCACAGAACAUAAUAAAUAACAAAUAAAGGAUGCUACUCAACAGUUAAUAUUCUUUUAGAUUGUCUUCCAAACCUGCUGCCCUGCCUGCACUGUUCAUGUUUCCAAUUGAUGCUUUAAAGGAUCACUGGGUAUACAGUGUGACCAUUAUGCAAACUUGAGCAUUGUUAGAAGCAAGUGUAUAAACGCUCUGUCCCUCAACACGUUUGUGGAUGUUAUUCCCAAUGAAGGCAAGGACAAAAGGUCUAGAGUAUAAGCUCUCCUCACACAGAUGUGGGUCUCCUUUGCAGGGAAACUGGUGUGUCAUUUUGACUCUGCUUGGUGGUAACGGGAAUAUCAGAAAUCAGGAUAACAAAUAAAAAAUGAAUAUUGGUAAUAACUUGGUAAUUAUAGUUGUAUUAUCCUGACUGUGUUGUGUCCUACCUGAACUUGUGGAUGUUGAUACAGUGGUGACAGUCACUGCAAUGUUAAUGGUGCUGAAAACAACGCCUCUAUGUCGACACUGAUUAUGUCAUGUCAAACAUGAUAAUGUACAGAUAAUGCAUAUGUGAACUACCCAGUCUGAGGCCAAGGGCGAAGCUUCUCUUUCUCUGAUUGGAUAAUAAAUCAGUCCUUUGUCGUUGAGGUAAAAUAACCGUUAAAAGUGGUGCGCUGGUUAUACUGUAUAUCAACUUGAGCAAAAACAUGUUAAAAAGUAAGUGAGUUCAAAACUCAAAUCAUCUUUUAUUAAUUGAUGCAAGUAUUUAUGUUUAUUUUUGUAUUUGUUUUAUAUCUAUGUAUCUAUUGUUUACUCACUCGGUGGCCAUGUCUUUGGUAUGACUCUUAUAUUAAGAUGUAAAAACUGAAAAUAGAUUUUUUUUUAACUCAUUCUAUAUAUCUGUAUAUACCAGAGUGGCGCUAUACUAGGAUGUGUAUGUAUGAGUAUGUGUGCUUUGGUUUGUAUGUAUGUAUUGUAUGUACAGUAUGAGGAUGUGCUCUAAGUUCUUUUGAUAAUGCUGCUUAAACAUCCUCUGAGUGAUCGAGCAGAAAAAUAAACCAGUGGUGAAAAUAUCUAUGACGCUGUUAUAAAAAAACAAAAAAACUCAGCAAGCUGUGCUGAUAACUGUAGAUGGGAACAAAACUGUAGUAAACAUGGCUGAACAGCCGUCGAAAUACACGCUGUGUCUGCGUUUUCUGUCACGGCCAGAGAUGGGACAGUAAUUACUCAAUAAAUUGAACUUGUACGUUUACUACAUUGUUACCUAUUUGGCUUUUGAUAAUGUAACAUUUGAAUCCAAUGAAAGGAGUAUUGUGUGAGGAUUUGCAAUUGGGAAAACAAUUGGCACAUUUCGUGACUUGCAAAAUUAACUAAAUGUGUUGUAAAUGUGUUGUUUUUGUUAUUAUGUUGAUAAAAGAAACGUGCUUUGGGCA